UGACCAGAGGAGAACUGGAGUGUAACUGUCCCGUACCCUGCAGUAUGACCAAGUACAGCACGUCUGUGUCGUACGCAGGCUGGCCAAACAAACUGACAGAAGAACACAUAUCCACAGCAUACGGCAUAGACCCAGCCUACAUGGCAGAAAACGGUGUUGUCUUCAGCGUGUACUACGAGGAACUGAAUUACCAGAAAAUCAGGCAGCUAAAAGCCAUGGACGGAGGGCAGCUUGCAAGUAACAUAGGAGGAAUGAUGGGCCUAUUUAUAGGAGCCAGUGUGUUGUCUCUACUGGAGGUGUGGGAGUACCUGUGGCAGCGUCUGAAGGGACUUCUGAGAAGGAGCCGCCGCCCGCCGGUGGAUGACGAUAAAGCCGCGGCAUACGACCUGGAAAAGGGCACAGCUUUCAACAACACGGCAUUCAACAAAUAAAUGUUUAUUUGUGAAUCUAAACUCAACUCCAUGAUAUAGAGAAACUCAUGGAUGUCUACCUUUACUGCAGCCGUUCACAUGUUCGAAGGACGUAUACUAUGUUUCAGACAUGCGACCAUACGCAUAGGUACUGACUAAUCGGUCGUAAUAACCUAGGGAAUGGUUAGCCUCCAUAGCCUGCUCUCUGGGGCUUUUUUUGGCUCAUAAUACACUUUUGCUGGCCAUUUCUUUUUGUACUGGGUCACUGAUUGCGAGCAUGUCAUACGGAUCGCAGUCUUGCGGCUGAAUUGAGGUAAUGGCAUUACAUUCAGCACAGUUAUCACAUCAUACAAUAUAAACGAUACAAUUCCUAGCACAUUAAGAUAAGAAGCAAGGUUUA